UUCAUUUUUUCAGAAUAUAUAUAAAUAGCUGUAUCAUUCUCCAUAAUUAGAGCUGAAUACGAAAGUAUCUCAAUUAUGGGAAAUGCUUUGGAAGCCUCAGCUGGUAGGGCCGAGGUGAUGAUUAUUGGUGGUGGCCCCACUGGUAUUGGCGCAGCUUACAGGUUGGCUCAACACGGCAAUCGAAAUUGGAUAUUAUUGGAUGCCGAAAAGCAUCCAGGAGGUUUAGCGGGAUCUAUUAAAACCCACGAAGGUUUUCGCUUUGAUCACGGGUACAAAACAUUUUGUAGUCGAUAUGAUUAUUUAGAUCAACUGAUAGAAGAUUGCUUUGGUAGCCCACCUAAAAAACUAAAAGAAAAGGCCCGAGAUAACUACGUAUAUGUUAAAGGACGAAUGAUCAGGUUCCCCUUACAAAACAAUUUGUCUGGACUUCCAGAAGCGGAUCAAAUAAAUUGUGCUUUAGAUUUGGUUCGCGCUCGCAUAACCGAUAAAAAGCAACGAGUGACAGAAGACGUCAUAAAUGAAACUGACAAAGAAAACCUUGAACACAGGGAAGAUGAGUCAUUGACAGAAAACAGCAGCAGUCCUAUUGAAAAUACAGCUGUGAUCGGCGAAACCUUGAGAACAAUAAGUUUAGAAAACAACGAGCAAAGAAACGGUGAACACGUUGAGACCUUAGAUGAGUAUCUUGUGCGUAAAUGGGGCGAAAGUCUAUGUAAUAUAUUAUUCAGGCCUUAUAUUUUCAAAUCAUUUGCGUAUCCGACAAGUAAACUAGUAGCAAAUUGGGCUGAAAACAAAAUACCACCACCACAACUUGGCGAUGACAUAGAAAGAAUUUUGAACAACGAACAACGUGAUCCCGCUGUUGAUAUUGAUUCCACCACUUUGUAUCCAUCUAAAGGAGGUUUGGUAUCAUUUUGGCGAAACAUAACUCGACAUUUACCAAAGAACAACGUUCGAUUCAAAAGUGAAAUAAUUGAUCUUGAUAUUGAAGAAAAGAUGGUCAGAACAAAGGAUGGGCUUGAAAUACAAUACGAUACCCUAAUAAGCACCAUGCCGCUUACAUCAUUACUAGAACUUGCUGGCCGAACAGACCUUGGAGCGACACUGACCCAUUCAUCUUUGUACAUUGUAUGCUUGGGAGUUCGAGGCAUCAGCCCACACAGAGAUAUAACUGGGUGCAUUUACUUUCCGGAAUCUGAUACCGUUUUCCAUCGAGCAUGUAUAUUUUCGAGUUUCGAUCCUGAUAGUGUACCACGUAAAGAUGAACAGAUUCCCACAAUGCGACUUGCAAAAGAAACAGAUGAGUUACAAUCGAGUGGCAAUCAGUGCGGUCCGUAUUGGUCUCUACAAGUGGAAGUGAGCGCGGGCCCACUCAAAACCGUAUCGGAUGCAACUAUAAUGGAUGAAGUUGUACGAGACGCUUGUUUGGUCGGAUUACUUCGACCCAACGAUGAAAUUGUCUCGAUCCACAUAACUGAAAUGACGCAUGGACAACCUUUGCCAACUAUAGAAAGCGAACAGAAAAUUGAUGAAGCUCUCAUGUGGUUACAAGAAAGAGGAAUUUACAGUCGAGGAAGAUUUGGAGCUUUCAAAUAUCAUCUUGGAGAUUUGGAUCAUUGCUUCAUACAGGGUGUUGAAGCAGUUGAUCACAUUUUGAAGGGAGAUCUCGAACGAUGUUUGUGGUCGUCUGCGAACGACAUCAAUCGUCGAGGAAAAAGCAAAAUCGAAUUUCCGUUGUAUAAUAAUGGUAUUUCUGGAUUCAAGGACGGCGACAGAAUAACAGCUGGAGACGUGAGAAAUGCGAUUACCCGGGAGCCUGGUAGUUCAACUUCGUCGUUUACAUCUACCACUUCACCCUCGAGUUCUAGAUCGCUUUCUUCUUCACAUCAUGGAGACGGAGGUCAUUCCGGCGAUUCUAGUGAGGAUUCGAGUUAAUGAUGGUAAUUGAACAUUCGAAAUAUAUGUAUAUAUAAUUUUAUAGGAUAUAUUUUCAUGCCUUCGCUCUGAACAAGACUUAAAACAAGCAGACACUAUAAAUUAUUUUCAGAAUUGCAUUUGUUCGAUUUGACGUAAACUUUUGGUUUUCUUUAAUCCAGAAAAACCGUAAUUUAACUCGAGCUGAUGGGGUGCUGUAGGAUUAGCAACCCCAUCUCAAGCUUCCUGAGUUAAUCUUUUUGGCCAAACUUUGCCUCCCUUUUCUCUUAACAAUCUCAACCUCUCACUAUUAUCAGCAGCUCAUAUGAUCGGAUUUUAAUCGAAAGACUCUUUUCAGAUGCUGACAACCCUUUGCAAGCGUCAAUAAUAUUGCAGAAUAGCAGAUAUGCGUUUAUGUACAAAAUAUAUGUGUACCACUGCACGUUUUUAUUGAAUUUUUAUUUGUUUUAAAGUUUAUCAAUGAAUUUUAGUGUUUGAUUUUCAUGUGGCUGGGAGUUUUCUCUGUACGAUGAGCAGAAAUGUUUUUUACAUUUAGAUCGACAAAAAUAACCAGUGCCUUCUAUAUAUAUAAUAUAUAUCAAACACUUAAGAAUGCUUGUUAUGGUGACAAUGAUAAAUGCAAGCGUAAUGAAUGCUCAUGUUUGAACUUCCAACAGCGGAUUCAAACAACCGGUUACUGAUUUUCAUAUAAUUUAGUUGGUAUUAAAAGAAAAUAUCACAACGCAGAGCAAAUGGAAGUAGGGGACUAUUUGGAGAGACUAUUAUGUUUAUAACAAGUGGAUGUACAUUGUGCAUUUAUGGUGGCAUAGUACAAAAUGGAAGGAAAUAAGGAAGCCCGAUUUCAAAGAUGUAUAGGCCUUGAAUAGAAGUUUCACCUGCCCAUAUAAGAAAAGCUAUAAAGCCAGAGCUUUUAUUCUUUGCUAUAUAUUUGUCUGCAUUAGCUGGCAACGCGACUUUGCUUAAGAAUUUGUAUGCGCUAUUCUACAUGCUACUUACCGUACAAAUACACAUAUUGUCAAGACUAUUCACACUACAGUAACAUAUUAUUUUAUUUAUAUAUUUGUAAAGCACUGCAUGGCAUAUAUAGAAUAAAACAUGAAUAUUGUGAUUAACAUUAUUUAA